UAUUGUUCUGCAGAAAUUUCAUUUCGUGCGAGUUUCGCGAUAAAAAUGCUCUAAAAUUGUGAAAAAAUGUGUAGAAAAUGACGAAUUUAACAAAAUAGAAGUGUAGCUCGUAGUCAAAUAACUUGCUAAAAAGACCAAAAUUAAAAAUCCGCACAAUUGGCAACAAAUUUUUUAAUUCAAAAAAAAAAGUUCAAAGUAAUUAUUAAUUUUUAAGUGAUUGUGACACAGAAACGCACACCAGGGAAUUCCAUCAGAUAAAUCGACAAAAAUACGAGGAAAAAGACAAAUUUCGCAAUCAAAACAAGCCCGGGCUUUGGAGUUCGUUAUUUUUUGACGUUUAAACGGCAGCAGCGCCAACUGGUGAGAAAAAAUUCAAACGGACCGGGAUUGAAACCGUUACAAAAAACCAUGGAAGACUACAAAUUUUUGUUCAAAGUCGUGUUAGUGGGAAAUGCAGGCGUGGGAAAGACUUGCCUCGUACGUAGAUUCACACAAGGACUCUUCCCGCAAGGUCAGGGAGCAACAAUUGGAGUUGAUUUCAUGAUAAAAACCGUGGAAGUCGACAAAGAACGGAUAAAAUUGCAGUUGUGGGAUACAGCGGGACAAGAAAGAUUUCGAUCGAUAACACAAAGUUAUUAUAGAUCAGCUCAUGCGUUAAUUCUCGUCUACGACAUCAGUUGCCAACCAACUUUUGACUGUCUUCCGGACUGGUUGCGCGAGAUCUCCGAAUAUGCCAAUGCGAAUGUUUUAAAAAUUUUAGUAGGAAACAAAACCGAUCGCGAUGACCGCGAAAUUCCAACAGAAAUCGGUGAAGAUUUUGCCAAACAGCACGGAAUGUACUUCCUCGAGACAUCCGCGAAGCAAGCGGACAACGUGGAGCGUCUUUUCUACGAGAUUGCGGCGGAACUCGUGACACAAGCACGAAAAAAGGAAAUUCCACGAAGCGAAACGGGCUUGCAUCAUUUAUCGAGUAAGCCGCAAUGGCAACAGCAGCUGAACGAUUGUUGUGGCGGUGCGUUAAACGCAAAGCAGGCAGAUUCGUAAAAAAACAAAAAGUGAUCUUUUUUUUAAUUUCUAGACUUUUUUGAAUUUAAUUUUUUUUUUUCCGUUAAUUGAUGAUUAUUAGGCUUUAAUUUCACAUGUUGCACCAAAUUUUAAUUAUUUUGAAUUAGGAACUUAUUUAAUUUUAAUUUUUAUUUAAAACGUAUUUUAAUUUAUAAAUAUAUUUAUUUAUAAAAGAAACGUAAAAGAGACAGAAAUUUACACUCGCACUAACAUUAAGAGUCUGUACGACGUACUUUUCUAACAUUUUGUAAUCCAGCUUCCACUUUUUUGUACAUAAUUACAAAAUUUUAUUUAUUAAAAUGAAGCAAUUUUUGCACAAAAUAUUAAAUAAAUU